AUGGCUCAGCGCUGUCUUUCCGUCCUGCGAAGGCGCCAGUCCCGUCCGAUGAAUGCGCGCGACACCCGUCCAGAAUGCUUGUUACGCGGCUCGGUGCAGGAUUUAGGACAGUGUGAUACUGCAUGCUCAUCCACAAGGCUACCUUGCCGCAGUUGCGCUCGUAGUCGUCCAGUGCUCCAUCUCGAUCUGUUUCAAGGCAUCGCAAAAUCAUGGCGGCUACACCUUCUCACAAGCGUCAUCUCUCACGCUGACCGAGCUGCUCAAACUUGGCAUAUCGUUCGCGCUAUACGCGCACUCCAACGCCUCGAGGCGUUCCACUAUGAGCAGCUCGAGACUUACGAGCCCAAAUCAGGGUCUCUUGUGCGCGAUGUCCAGCUUGCAAGCCUUUCUGGUCUGCAAACCUUUGUCAGCGCAUUCAAGAGGUUCAGGCAGGACGUAAAGUCGAUCCCGGUCUUCGGUUUCGCAUUUCUCGCCCUGCUAUAUGCUGCCAACAACCACGCAGCGUUUGCAGUUUUCCGGCAAGCCGAUCCGGGGACGAUUCAGUUGGUCAAAGGGAGCGGCACGCUCAUAUCUGCCCUAAUUCUCACCCUCUUUCUACUGAGACCAAUCCCAUCACCACAAUGGCUGAUCUUGACUCUGCAAGCAUGCGCUCUCACAGUCACACAAACGGGCAACAUCCACUUGCAUUACUCGAUAUCACUUUAUUUGCUCCUAAUCGCGAUGACCUGCCUCUCCUCUGCUGCUGGCGUCAUCAACGACCAUCUCUGCAAAGCGACAGAAGUAUCGCUGCACGCGCAGAAUGUGGUUCUUUAUUCGAUCGGCGCAGCGACUAACGUCUAUUUCUUUCUAUCAAGACUUGCCCCGGCGGGCUCACCAACCUUCUGGCAGGGUUACGGCUCUUUCGGCGCUGUUAUGCUGAUCCUGAGCAACGCAAGCAUCGGUCUCAUCAUCACGGCCGUGUACAAAUAUGGCGACGCUGUCCUCAAGGGAGUUGCGACUUCGGUCACGAUGGCUCUGAUGCUGUUGAUAUCUGCCGAAUUUUUUGAUGCGCCGGUUACGUGGACAGCGCUCUUUGGCGCCAUCGGCGUUCUUGUCGCAACAUGGGCUUACGUCGGCGCGGGCAAUCUUGCCAAGGCAGCCGCUGCUGCCGAGCCGAAAGUAGGCACCGGUGCCCCAGCUUCGCCUCCUGCGACGCGGCAACGCAGUGGACUUGCAUUGACAGUGUUGAUCUUCAUCGCCGUUGUGAUGUCGCUCUCGGACAGUAAUGCGGUGGCACAUGCGAGUGGGCCGUCGCCAGCAAGACAGGCUCUUGACUUUUUCAACACAACCGUUGCGAUCGUUCGGUACGGAAUACAGCACGGACCGGAGAGGGCGGGCUAUAUGGACCUCUACAGACCGUUCUUCCAAUCGAUGCAUAUCUCGUACAGCGAUCCGCCUACUGGCGAGAUCACUCCAGAGGUAGAUCAUAUCGGCUGGCGGUCUGGUGCGCAUCUGGUCUCGGCCGGGCUCGCAUCGCUUUUGCUUCGUCAAAAUUCGAGUGCAACAGGCGUGCUAUACUUUCACUUCGACGCCUGGAUAGACCCUUUGAGGUUUACGGACAUGCCCCUCGAUAAGUUCUGGAUUCCAUUUUCAGGCAAUCCGCGUACCGGCUGUUAUGUCAUUGACAGCCUUCGGGCACCUCCUCGAGCCUACGACUGGUGGGGCUUCAGGGAUGAGCGACUCGAGGCACCUUUGCCGAAGGCUCUGAAAGAGAUCGCAGAGUUGCCGCAGGCGUAUGUCGUCGACCAGGAAGUCCUUUGCGUCGGCUUCGCAGACAUCUUUUACGUUCCUCAGCGAUGUUUCGAGGAUCUGAUAAGGCUCGCAGCAGUGUUCGAAAAGCACCAUGUCUUCCAUGAGAUCGCUUUAAUCAAUCUCGUUCGAAUCAUCGAAGCGACAUACGCUGCGCGCAACAACGAGAGCGUGAUAUCUUGGCUAGUCCAAGACGACGCAGAUGCGGGGGGCUGCUGGGGCGAUUGUUGCAGACCAGCACCAGAUGCGCAGCCUGACAUUGUGCGUCGAUUCAGAUGCGGACACCGCCUGGAUUUUCUUCGGCCAGACAGUGUUGAGGCUCACUAUGGACCGAUUCGCCAAAUGCUACAAAACGAAUCUGUGGUGUUCAUUAAUUCGGAUGAUAAGCUCGUGGUGCCCAGCGAUACUUAUGCACGCCUUGCCAAUGAUUCCACAGGGACUGCAGGCGCACAACCCGCAGGAAGCGCAUCAAUUGUCAGUCAGUCCGGUAGAGAUAGUCACCAGACAGCACUGCGGAGCUGGCAGUCUCGAUAUCAUGCCCCAGACAACCCCAGCAUGAUCGACUUGCAAUUCUUGCUGCAUUGCGAUCUGCCCCCCAGGCUGCACAACAGCCUGACGCCCGGCGUGUUAGCGAGCUCAAAAAACGGCAGCGCAUGCGUCAACAUCCACCCGCUGGUCUGGCGGUGA